UUAAACAAUGGACCAAUGAAAUCAAGGGUAAUAUAUUUCGUCGCACUUUUUCAGGCAUGUGUUAUGAUGCAACAAGAAAUCGCCUCAUCACGUUGAACAUACACUGAAUUGAUUCACAGUUUCCUAUGAUUUUUCUACAUCUUUGUAACUUAAACAGAGGAAAAAGUAAUGGAACAAUUAUCAUAGGUGAUACAACCUUAUUUGAGGCAACAUCGGACUUAAAUGUAAAUAUGGCUGCCAAGUAUGUCACUCAGAUAAUAGUUCUUGGUGCUCAAGUUGUGGGACGAGCCUUCACAAGGGCCCUACGCCAGGAAAUUCAAGCGAGUCAGCAUGCAGCCAAGAGUGCCGGAGGGGGCAAGCAAGGGGCACAGUCGGCCGCCAAGGACAGUCUGACUGGCAUCACGCUACAGGAAGCUAAACAGGUCCUGAAUGUCACUAAACUAGACCUGGAGCACAUCACCAAGAACUUUGACCAUCUCUUCAAGGUCAACGAUAAGAGCAAAGGGGGAUCCUUCUACCUCCAGUCCAAGGUUAUCCGAGCCAAGGAGAGACUUGACCAGGAAUUCGAAGCGAGUGUAAGAAAGGACAUAGGCGAUGGCAGUACGCAGCAAAACACAAAAGAUGCCCCGCCAACAUGAUGACAACUUUGUACAGACUUUUAAAUUGUAAAUACUAGGAUUUUUUUGGGGGGGGGAGGGGUGAAGGGGUGAAAAUCCUUAGACAUACUCACCUUUGGAAUAUCCUGAAAGUGUUUCAUCUGGAAAGUUCUGCAGUGGAAGUAUUCUUGUGUUUUAUCGCACCAUUACACCAGUGCUAUAGAAUUAUCUCUAGGAAUGCAAGAAACCUGCAUCUGCAAAACUGCAAAAUUCCAUAAUUUAUGAUAGAUGACAACACAAAUUUCUUUAAAUAGUCUUUCUAGUUUCAUUGCGUUCAUCCGAAAAAAAAAUAGAAAAGAAAAAAAGAUCAGGAUUUUGAAACUGUAAAGUGUAAUUUCACUUUUUUACUGAAUACACAUGUACAAUGUUGAACGGAUUGUUGUGAAAUUCUAGAUCUGAAAGUUGUUUUCAUGGGUGAUAAAAAACUUAGGCAUCUGUUGUUUAGUCGGAUGUCCAUUUGUGGCAUUAAACUCCUAUGGAAAACAUUGAUAGCUCUUUUAGACAUUGCCAACUGGUAUUCAUUUUUCAUUGGGUAACAAAGACCUAGCAGUUUUUACAUUUGUUGAUAACACCUGGAUUUUGGUUUUUGUGAAUAAUGUGGAAUGUUUAGGAGGUUACACAGCUGGAUGUGUGUGAAUAAAAAGAAAUGGUUUAAAUUAUUGGCAUUGAA